CGCAUUAGUAGGUUUUUGGCCUUCCUCGGGGUUCGGUGAUCGCGUGCGUGUGUGCGUGGGUGUAUUAAGCUGGCGUUUUCCUACGGUCCGAAGGAGCACGCCUCGAGUAUUUCUAACAAAUUUUCGCCUGUUUAUAUAUGAAAAACUGUGUAACCUGACAAUACCCAGUAUAAAAAUUGACGCACGUAACGGUACCCGACAAAGUACGGGUACACCUCUGAAAUAUCCGACUCGAAACAGGAACACUAGAACGCGAAAACCCCUGAUUUGCACCCCCACAAUAAACUAGUGAAAGAACGACCAAAAGAUAGUGCACCUGUGCCGGAUGUACAGUUACACGCGAGUCGUAUACAAAACAAAAUAAGAAUAAUGACCAAUUAGGGUUAUACGUAUACGUAUAUGCAUGCAUAUCGUACCUGCACACAUCUAUUUGACGUUUCGAAUAGAAAAAAAGAUACUCCACUACACUCGUGUUCGGUCUGUUUUCCCCUCUUUUGUUCGAGUGACUCGAAUAAAAAUAAAAAAAGAAAGAAGAUCAAAUAAAUAGUUAAUUAAUUAUCUUUUCACGCAAUAACACACCGAGCGAUAGAAUAAACAAAGAAAUUCGAUCAAGAUAGAUGUAUAGAAAGAGAGAGAGCUGGACUGAACAGGGAAAAACAACAGAAGAGUGGUGACAUAUUGUCUCGCGUUUGAAAUAAACGAGUAACAGAAAACACAGGAGAAUUUUCAAAUAAAUGUUCUCGUGCAACGUGGAAAGCUCUCGCAACGGGCUUAAAUACACCCUGUUCGUACGCCCGUCUCUCUGUCUACCCAACACCUUACGGGGGCUACAAAAAGUAUAAAUAUGGUGGAUGGUGUGCGUGAUGGUUAGCGAACUGGCGCGGGUUCGACAAGGGGCCAAGAAAUCAUACGGCAGACAGUGACUGUGUGUGGCGUUGGUCGGAAGCUAGAAACGACCCCGACCAUCUGAAUAAUAGUAGAGGUGCGUUGUAUGACGAGGACGACGACGACGACGAGGUGGAAAUCGAAAAAGAGAAGGAAAAGAAAGAAGCCGCCUCCUUCUCAUUCUACUGCUGGUUCAUGCUCAUUCUACUGACGUUGCCUUUGUCUCAUCCGUAUUAAUCGACAAAUGAAAAGUCUAUCCGCUACCUGCACAGAUAUGCCGAUCGCGAACAUCGUUUUAACACCGGAUAGAGUGCGUGGUGGUGGUGGUGUGCGGCUGUGAAUGAAAUUCGACGUCUGGGAUGAAUAAUAAAUAAACAAAAGAAUCGGCCUCAGUCGUCCAUCUAUCAUAAUUAUUACGAAUGAAUUGUUCAAAUUUUUUAUCAACUUUUCGAGUACGCGCAUGGAUACGCGACUUUGUGUGCGUUAUGUGAUUAAUUAAUACAGCAAAUUUUUAACGUAAAUAUAUAUAUAUAUAUAUAUAUAUACAUAUGUGCAUAAAUACGCCGGUUUGAGGGCGAAUAUUAUAUAUGCGAAUGGAAAAUUGUGCAAAGUGAAAUAUCGCACCGCAACGAAACACGGAGACAAAGACAAUUGAUGAUAAUCAUCGCGGUAAUGGUGAUAGGUGUUUUUCAACCUCAAGUCGUGAUAAAACUGCCCAAAGGAAUUUUAUUGUGAAGAAUAUAUGAUAUAAAUAAAAUCAUAAUCGACGUACGAAAGUUUCGAAAAGAAGAACGACGAUCUCAGAUAAGACGCUGAAGUAAAACGUGAACGAAUGAUAACAGAUUUGACGCACGUAACUUGAAUCGUCAGUGAUACAUAAAUAUACAUAUGCUGUUUGAUAUAUUGCGUGCGUGUGUGUGAGUGAAUGAGUGAGUGACUGAGUGUCUGUGUGCGUGCGUAUAAUUUCGGAUGUACGAAGUCGGAGAAAUCAAUCUGUCGGAUUUAACCAAUGAAAACUGGAGGAUAUCUAAUUCGUGACUGAAACAUAUAUUGCACUGCCAGGGUUAAGGUGAAUACAUAUGAUCAUAUUGACACUUCAAAUUAUACGUACGCUAACGCGUAACUCUGUGUGCGGAGAAGAGAAAUGAUCGAUAUUGAUACAGGUUCUCAACGGUGUGCGUGAUUGAAAAGUAAAGUGGAAGUGUGACCACUCUUGCUGUUUACCUGUAAACCGAGAAACAAGUGAGCGCCGGAUUUGAUACGAUUAAAUAGCGAAUACUUAUUUUCGUUCUCCGACGGUGAUAAAAGUAAUAAAUAAUAAUAUUAACCACAAUAGUAGGAGAAUAAAGAAAGCGCGAAGCGGGAGAGACUGAGAAAAACAAUGAAAAACAAUUGAAUGGAGCGAAGUCAUCAAACUUGGUCGGCCGGCCUCGUGCCAACAACCUCUCGGCUAAACGCGUGCAUCUCAUAAUGCGUUUGUCCUCCUCGUUUACCAUAGAGUAUAAAAUUAGACGUUCGAAUCAACGUUUGAAAUUUUUUCUCAAAAAUAUACGACGGACAAAACAAAAGAGAUAGGUAAUACAAUCGGUUUAUUAAUUGCUGUUUAACGAAAAUAAAGGGAAUUAUUAAUUCAAAUAAAUGAACAAAUAAAUAAGUGAAUCAUAAGUGACAUUUUAAUAACAAUCGACGAUCCUAUUUCAAAGUGUUGUUUCAUAUGAGUGUAGAAACUCGUUUUCCAUAGUUCCUUACUGCAUUUAAGCGGGCAAUUUGAAAUAGAUAUUUUGUAUUUCAAAUUGAGACUAACACUAACCGAUUUCCGUGAUCUUUUUAUACGUUACGAUUUUCAUAAUAAAAACGCGCAAGUAUCUCUGUUUGAAGAAAAUAGAUUCAAACUUCGUCUAGUCUACCACAUUUUUUGCAUCGUUUUAUUUUUCGUUUGACACUUCAUUACUUGUUUUUGUUUCGUUUUAUUUCUCUCUAUUUAAAUUAUUUCAUUGAAAGUACUUGUCCAAUCGUUUCAUCUUCAUUUUUCUUUUUCGUUGUAAAAAGAAAACAACAAAAAAAUUCCAAAAAAAAAAAAAAACAAAGAGGGAAAGAAACACUUUUGAAAUCGUGAUAUAAACCAACGCUACUGCCUCUGCAAUCGACGAUCUCAAUAAACCACAGUCACACAACUUAAAUAUCGCAAGACAGCAGGUGUAGACAAGAGGAAAAAGAAAAAUAGAAAAGCUCUGUUCUCGGUUUUUUGUUUUGUUUUUUCUUCUCAUUUAAAGUGAACAUCCGCGUCUCCCCUAUCAGUAUAAUAAUCGAACAAAUAUAUUACCGUAAAAUUGAGACUGAAAACUUAACAACAAAUCUCUCUAUCACGUUUUAAAUAAGCCGAAGUAAAAAGUUUUUCCCUUCGACGAUAUAAUUAAAUAAAAUAAAUACAUAAUAAUUUUUCUAAACAGAAAAAAAAACAAAAAUCAUUGUAAUAAAUAUGAGCAGGAUAGAAUAAAUACUAACCGAAGGGAAGAACGCGAUAAAUAUUAAAUAUUACAAUAAAAAAAUUACAAUUCUAAAUGGGCACAAAUGACUAGCUUAGCACUAGUUAGUAGUUUUAUCGAGAUGCCGCUAUCAAGACCGAACGCGUUUGUACCAUCGAACGCGAUAUCGACGCAGACAUACAUCUCGACAAACGAAAGUAACCACUUGCCCCCGUUAAAAGGGGGCAGUCUAGUCUUGAAACAGGGUGAAUCGCCCCAGAGUCACUCGGCGCACGGAAGUACGCACUUGCCAAGUUUGGGUUCGAGCGCUAACAACAGCCUGCAAAACCUUCCUAGCAAUUCAGACAGCCUGAACAUCAGCCUGAGUUCUCACACGAGCCAUACGAGCCACAAUUCUAGCUGCCACAACUCCCAUUCCCAACCAAACAGCCAGUCGAGCAGUCCUAUGGUGAAAAAUGGCAGGACGGAAGGAAACUCUACGAUUGGCGGAAAGCCUGCGACAACAAUCGCGACUCCCGACACAGUUAUGAAACUCUACAUGAAGUACCUUACGCCGCACGAACAUCACGAGAUAUUCAACUAUCCGCAGAUAUACUACAUCGGAGCUAACGCUAAGAAGCGACCGGGGAUCAUCGGGAUCGCUGCUAACAACAACGGGUACGACAACGACCAGGGAUCGUACAUUCACAUCACUCACGAUCACGUAGCCUACAGAUAUGAGGUACUCAAGGUAAUCGGCAAGGGUUCGUUUGGUCAGGUCGUCAAGGCCUAUGAUCACAAGACCCAGGAACACGUCGCGCUUAAGAUGGUCAGGAACGAGAAGAGAUUCUAUCGACAGGCUCAGGAGGAGAUUAGAAUAUUGAAGAAUUUGAAGGAACAGGAUAAGGACAAUACAAUGAACAUUAUACACAUGUACGAUUCGUUUUCCUUCAGAAAUCAUAUGUGCAUCACCUUCGAACUGCUUAGUAUUAAUCUUUACGAACUCAUUAAGAAGAACAAGUUUCAAGGCUUCAGCCUCGCUCUUGUUAGAAAGUUUUCACACUCUCUGCUACAGUGCCUCGACGCUCUCUAUAAGAACAAAAUCAUUCACUGCGACAUGAAGCCUGAAAACGUCCUCCUCAAACAACAGGGACGCAGCGGUAUCAAGGUGAUUGAUUUCGGCUCAAGCUGUUACGAACACCAACGAGUGUACACGUAUAUACAGAGCAGAUUUUACCGAGCGCCCGAAGUGAUAUUGGGAGCUAGAUAUGGGAUGCCGAUUGACAUGUGGAGUCUGGGUUGUAUACUGGCGGAGAUGUUCACCGGUUUCCCCCUCCUACCAGGCGAAGACGAGGCCGAUCAGCUGGCCUGCAUAAUAGAGCUGCUGGGCAUGCCGCCUCAGAGGUUACUCGACAGUGCUAAGAGGUCGCGGAACUUCAUAAGCUCGAAGGGGUACCCGAGGUACUGCACGGCAACUACGAUGAGCGACGGGACGACAAUGCUCAGUGGCGGCCUCUCGCGUCGGGGGAAAAGAAGAGGUCCUCCAGGAUCUAAGGAGCUGAAGAGGGCGCUGAAGGGAUGCGAAGACGCCUACUUUCUCGACUUCAUACGAAAGUGCCUAGAGUGGGAUCCCGAGCUUCGGAUGACGCCGAAUAAGGCGUUGAAGCACAACUGGCUUAGGAGGAGGCUGCCCAAACCGCCCGGUGAAAAAAAUGACUCUCAACAACAGCAGCAGCAGCAGCAACAGCAACAGCAACAGCAGCAAAACGCUGUGCCGGUAACAGCGCCAACUUCCGGACUGAGGACACCCGCUUCCGGAAGUAGAAACUCGAGCAAAACAACGUCGAUUCCGCCGUUAAGUUGGCGGACGGACGCGGAUUUACGAUCUAUGCUUAAGAAUUACAAAUAGUACGAGAUUUACCAGUCCAGUUAUGGAUAGUUGCGGUUGUUACUAUUGUCAUUAUUGUGUCAUCGAUAUGUUUGAUCAUCGUCGUUGCAUACCUGCUGCAUAUGACGUCGGUUCAUCGUUAUCGGGUCAUUGCUUAUACAAUGUCGUACUGCGAUGACCAAAACAAAAAUUGAAAGAA